AAUGGCGACGAAGAGAAGACAAGUCUAUUGGGUGGUGGUGGUGGUGGAGUUAGGGGUGAGGUUGAGGUUGGGGUUGGGGUUGAGGGGGUUGAGAGGGUGGCAGUGGAUGGCCAGGCGGACAGGGCUGGAGGCACUUGGAUGGGUAAUGCGGCGUUCGGGAACAGCAUGUUCAUGAGGAGCGAGAACGACCUGGCAGAGGUGUGUGCAGCGAACGGCUUCACGCUGGCCACAUCCCCCCUGAUCUACAGCGAACCCGCGCUGACCGAUUUCUUGAAUCUGGAUUUAGAGCGCUCUCAGCAGCAGAUACCACACAGACUAUUCGCCAUCUCCGACCCUGCCUUGCCUCAUGUUUGUUUAUUUUAUUUUUAUUAUUAUUUAUUAUUAUUAUUUAUUGUUUAUUAUUAUUAA